CCUCUCCGGUGGCGGCGCGCGCGGCAGGAUGGAGCCGGCGGCGCUGGAGCGGUUCCACAGCCCGGGAAAGGGCAGCGGCCUCCGCUCCCGCCGGAGGGUGCGGCCCGGAGAGCUGCUCUACCGCGACGUGCCCUUCGCCUACGUCCUCACCAAGGAGCAGCUGGGCAGCGUGUGCGAGUGCUGCCUGCGCAGGAAUGAAAAUCUGCACAGGUGCUCUCAGUGCAAGGUUGCUAAAUACUGUGGUAGAUCUUGUCAGAAAGAAGCUUGGCUGGACCACAAGCAGGAAUGCAAGUGUCUUAAGAGCAUCGAGCCAAAUUUUCCUCCAGACUCUGUCAGACUUGCUGGAAGGAUUGUUUUUAAACUACUCAGACAAUCAGUAUGCCCUUCUGAGAGACUCUACUCUUUUCCUGAUCUUCAGUCAAACACUGAACGGUUAAGUGAAGAAAUGAAAGAUGGCCUCAGGCAGCUUGCACAGACUUUGCAACUGUAUUUGAAAACUGAGAUCCAGGAUGAGUCUCAAUUGCCACCUGCAAUUGACUUUUUUCAGAUCUUCACAAAAGUGACCUGUAACUGUUUCACCAUCAGUAAUGGAGAGAUGCAGGAUGUUGGUGUUGGCCUGUAUCCCAGUAUGUCUUUACUGAACCACAGCUGUGACCCAAACUGCGUGAUUGUUUUUGAAGGAUACCAGCUUUUACUUCACUCUGUCCGAGAGAUCCAGAUUGGUGAAGAGCUCACCAUCAGCUACAUUGAAUCACUGAUGCCUACCAGGGAACGCCAAAAGCAGCUGGUGCGCCAGUAUUGCUUCGAAUGUGAUUGUCCACUCUGCCAGAAUCAAGAGAAGGAUGCUGAGAAAUUGGCCGGUGAAGAGCAUGCCUGGAAAGAAGUCAAAGAUGCUGUAAAUGAAGUGAGAUAUCCAAAAUCAAAAGAAGAGUGGAAGCAUGUUCUGGCAAGAUGCCAGAAUCUCUUGAGGGUCAACAAGGGUCAUCUACCAGAUACAAAUAUCUAUCAGCUGAAAAUGCUUGACUGUGCCAUGGAUGCCUGUAUUAACCUUGGAUCCUGGGAAGAAGCAUUGUAUUAUGGCAGCAGGACUCUGGAACCAUACAGACUGUAUUAUCCUGGCUUCCAUCCGCUGAGGGCUGUCCAGCUGAUGCGAGUGGGCAAACUGCAGUACAGUCAAGGCAUGGUUCCUCAGGCACUGGAAACCUUGAAACAGGCCUAUAAUAUUAUGAAGGUGACCCAUGGGACGGAUCACAGCCUGAUGAAAGUCUUGAUGGAGAUAAAGGAAGAGUGUGAGGCCAUGAUGAGAAUACAGUGAAGAUUAUCUCUAGUAUGGAAAACAAAGUAUUCAAGGACAAAGAUUUUUUUAUUUAAUUAUGAAGCUUCUCAAUGGUUUUAGUGUCUUUUCUUUAGUUCCUAUUUGCUUUACAGAAAGGUUUAAUAUUAGUUUUGCUGUAUAGUCUGAAUUGAGUUGGUGUUUGGCAGAAUUAAUGUAAUUUUCAGAGGAUUUUUUUUGUCGUCAAUCAUCAGUCUUAUUGACAAUAACUAACAAUGCCUAAUUAUUUGAUUGCAAGUAUUGGGAAAUGUAUACAGAGUGUUCAUCAGUUACAAAGUGAUAUAAUUCCAUUGAUAUCAGCAGUCAAUUUUUUAUAUCAGUUUAUGCCAGCAAUUAGGAACCUUUUGUCAGACACAUUAUAAAUUAAGAGAAUAUUUUUUUUUCCCUUUGCCUUGCCCUGGUAUGGUUUCCAAAAGCCUGAUCCAGUGCAUUUUGACAUCAAAUAAGCUUCCCAAUGUUUUAUGGGAUUUUCUUCUCUCCCAAUAGAUCUGCAGGGCUUUGUCUGUCUUCUCUUCCAUUUCAUACCUUAUAAUAUUGAAUACUAAAAUGGAUUAAAUAAAAAAUUUUAUCA